AUGAAAACAAUACCGCUGUUUCACCAAAUUCAUUUAAUUUUAAUAAUAUUUUGGAGUUGGAGUAUAAAAAUUACAUUACAAAAUGAUCAAAAUAAUACAAUUCAGAAACUAGAUGCAAGAGACUAUCAUAGUGGGCGGAAUAUUAUAAUCAUUGAAGCCUCAUGGGAUGAAGCUUCUAAGAACCAAACUCAAGUUACUGUUCAGGCUGGGGAAUCAAAAAUAUUUAUAUGCAGUAUAUGGACUUCAGAAUCAGAUGAUAACCACAACUUAGAGUCUGGUAUUGGUAACACUGAACAAUCUGUAUUCCUGUUUUGUCCAAUGAGUGUUGCAUAUUGCGCUCAGGAUUGUUUAACUGUGGAGUCUACAUGGCUUAUUCAGUGUACCAGACAGUUCAGAAUAGUGACUAACCCUGAUUUCUUACGGACUUCCUACUCACAAUAUUCAGGGAUUAUAAAAGGUUGGCGUCUACAAGAAGUUAUUUAUAAGCUGAACAUUGCUACAACCACUUCUGCCGGAUUUUGGGGUUGCGCGUAUGGUGGCUAUCACUCGAAAAGAUUGGAGUUAAUUGUGAAAGAUAGACCAGCACUUUUGUCUUUGACUUCAAGUCCACCUAACCCUGUAGAAAUCGGAACUAAUGUCAAACUAACAUGUGAAGCUGCACCUAGUCCUAAAGCUCCAUGGUACACGUUUGUUUGGCGUCGGAUCGGAACUCAAAUGCCACCUGCUCAUUCUACAUUGCGCAUAUCCGAUACAAUUUCCAUAUUGACACUUUUAUCUGUACAACCUACUGAUGAUGGACUAUAUAGCUGUCAUAUAUUACAAUCUCAAUCAGAUUCAUUAAGUAAAGAAAUGUGGGAAGACAAAGAAGUCGAAGCUUCAGGAUCAAAAAACUCAACUGAGAAAGCGAGAUUUAAAAAAGAUCCAGCAGUACUACGGUUACACUUAGAAGUUUUUCAUCCCCCUACUUACUUAAAUAUAAGUGUCCGACCUCAUGGACCUUACAGAGCACGAAAAAAUGUCACAUUCACAUGUAAUAUACAUGGUGGUAAACCGAAACCAUCAGUUUAUUUUUAUCGUAUAAAUGUCCCACUUGAGAAUGGAAAUAUUUCAUUGGUUCAUCCAAGUUCUUUCACCUCAAAGUAUAUCCUGGAAAACAUAACUCAAUCAAUAGAAUCCACAGAAUUAACAUGGCAAUUAACAGAAGCUGAUAAUAUUGCCAGUUUUGGAUGUGCUGUGACAAGCCCAGUUAUUAAGAACCAAAUGUUCUCCUUAUUCACUAGAGUCAAAAUUAUCUUUUCACCUCAAGAUCCUAUCCUAUCUUCUGUGCCACAUGGUCCAGUUAGUGAGAAUCGUACUAAAGUAUUUACUUGUCAGUCUUCAAAAGGAAGCAAUCCAAAAGCGAAAAUUUUAUGGGAUUUAACACCUGCGAUGGAAUAUUUAUCCACCGUAUCGAAAAAAAGUUACAUGAACCAUUCGAAAUUAAAUGAAAAAGAAGCGACCUUGAGACCGACAUCGAAUUCUGAUUUUGAAUAUAUUACGUCAGACACCUAUUCGAAUAUCAAACAUGAUCCCAACAAUGGUGGCUAUAUUGCAUACAGUGAAGUACGUUUAAUUGGACGACCAUGGUUUAAUGGUGCACGGAUAUCUUGCCAGUUAAUUUGGAAUGAAGAAGGAAAUUAUGAUAUGAAACAUGUUGCAAAAGUCACUGAUUAUAACAUUACAUAUCGAAAAACAGCUUAUCUUCUUACUGAAGUAUUUUUUUGUCCAUCAGCGGUUAAUGUCAUUGCAAUUCCACAAAAUGGAAUUCAAGAAACAUUCGGUGAGCAAAUAUUAGAAUGUACAGCCACAUCAUCUCAUCCUCCUGCAGUUAUCACUUGGUUCAGCCACAAUUCUUCAGCUAAUGUACAAAAAACCACUGAAGAAAAUGUAAUUUUGGAAAGUUCUUUGACAAAAAUCGAUGCACAACAUCAACCGAAUUUAAGAAUUACAACUGAAACAUUCCCAGGAAUUUAUGGCGGAAAGCGUGUGGUUAGCAGACUGAAGUUAAGUAACCUUUCCAGAAUAUCCGAUGGCAUGCUAUUCACGUGUUUGGUAAAGCAUAUUGAGUGGACAGAAUCAAUAAGUCGUACACAUCAGUUAACAGUAUUAUAUCCCCCAAAGCUAAAAUUGACGAUUUCACCACAAAAAUUAGAAGAUCGUCUAAAGUCUAAUAGUAUAACUCUACUCUGUACUGCUGAAGGUGGUCAACCAAGAUAUUUUGAGAGAGGAACUGACUAUCAGAAUAUGAUCCAUUAUGAAGAUAAAUUAUCGAAAAAUCAAGGAAACACAUUUAAUAACGAUAAAAAUACAUUGUGGAAAUUUUACUGGAAAUUUCGUCCUCAGUAUCCAGAAAAUUGGAUUCAGUCAACCAAUCAAGAAAUACGUUUUGACGAGUUAAAUAUGUACAGAUCAAACAAACUUAUUUUAAAUUAUCCAGGAAGGAAACAAGCUGGAGAUUACACUUGUUUACUUGAGGGUCCAACUAGUAUAACACAAGUGACUAGUCAUCUAGAAUUCACAUUCCCACCAGAGUUAGCGCCACCAGGAAUCACUUCAGUAACAGCUGCAGUUGGUUCGCAUACAGUAAUUGAGCUUCAUAUCUGGUCAUAUCCUGUGCCAUCAUCUAUACAUAAAGUUAAAGAUACUAAAAUAAAACAUACGGUAACUGAAAACUGUGAUCUUCAUGAAAUUAAUUCAAAACUACCCCAUGAAAUCAAUACACAAAAGAAAACAUAUGCUUGGUACAAAGUUACUACAGAGAGAGCGGCAUCAACCGUCAAAAUACUUCAAAAAGAAUUAGUACAUGAAAACUGGGAACCACAUGUCAGGUUGAAACAACUUUCUUCUGGUAUUAAUGAGAGACAACUUAUUUGGACUGAUGCAGUACUGAUUGACUUUCCAUACUAUGACAUGGAUAUACAAAUUAGCCAAAACGACAGUGGAAAUAGGACAAUACGAAAAAUACCAACAAUUGUUUAUCGAUUGUUUCUUAGUCCUAUUAAAGAAAAGGAUUACGGAGAGUAUAUGUGUGAAUUAGAACACGCAGAAGGGAGAAAACAGUUCUUCUUGCAAGUACAACCACCAGGUAAUCCGUUAAUCAAUGUAAGAAAUAUACGUUUCACACGUCAUAAUUCAAGGAUUCAAGUUCACUUUGAUCCAUUAUACUUUCGGAAGACCAGCGAAGGUAAUUUAGCUGUUACAGAUGAAAAUAAAAGCCAGACAAAAUCCACUUUAGAUAUGGUUAAAAGCAAUUCGUUCAGUUCAUUUCCUACAAGAAGUGACAACAGUCAACAACUGCAAUGGAAAAUGUUAAUAAGAAUAUGUGCAUCAAAUUAUUACAGGCAUGAUCAAUCAUCUGAUGAUAUUAUAAAAGAAUGUUAUUCAUCAAAACCUACGACAACAAUUCUAAGGAAACCAAAUUAUCGUUCUUGGUUAGAUCUGUAUAAAUCAUUUCCUAAUAAUAAAUAUCAAACCACUUCAUUAUCGAAUAAAUGUAUUGAUAAGCUAGUUGAAAACCCUGAACAAGGUAGAAUUGAAAUUCCGCUUAUCUAUUCAUAUAAUAACACAGUCUAUAACACUUCCUAUCCAAAAUUUGAACAAGAGUCUAAGAAAAGCGUCGAGACAAAAAAUGUGUUGGUAGACAACGAGUCAACAGAUGCUUUUCAAGGGAUUUUUGUUCAGUGGUCCGAAGAGGAGAAAUUAACAUAUCAGUUUAGAUUUUAUGAUGAAAGUGGGAGUUUGGUCUAUGCAACUGACUGGGUUGAUGAAGAAAAUGAUGGCUACUAUGAUGAAUCAACUUUUCUGACAUUCACUUACCACAAGACCUACCUAUGGAUAACAACAAUUGGUGUAUUCUUCCUACUUCUCUUGGUUAUUCUAUUGGUAUUCGCGUUGCGCAAACGAUUCAACAAUAAAAACGAUUUUCAUACGACGGAUAACCAUAGCUCAAAACCAUUGAAUAAACCAAUUGUCAAUUCCGCAACCACCUCACCAAUCGCAAACUGUAAAUUGCAAGAAAAUUUCUAUGUAGCUAAUCUAUCAGUCGUUGAUAGUCCGUGUUCGCUACUGGGCAGAAAUGAAAGAAUUAUUGAUAAAAAGUUUCCACUAUUGUAUGACAAAGAUGUUAAUAAGCAUUCGAAUAAUCAAACGUUGGUGAUGCGAUAUGACUAUCAUGGAGGAGAAGUAACAAAUGAGGACGUACCAGUGACUAAUAUGUCAAAAAAUCUAUAUGAAUUACAUUAUAAUCAACUAGGAUUACCACAUAAUCAGUGUUCUGAUGACGCCUUUAAUGAUAAACUGCAGUCAAUAUCACCAGAAACGUAUUCGCCUAUAGCAUCUCACUUAACUCCUUUACCAAUCAUUCGAUCAAAUGAAAGAGCUCCUUCAUCACCAUUGCUACUUUACAACAGUUGUUGUCAUAAUAGAAAGUUCAACAUUGAGAUGAAUCACUCUUUACCUCCCUUAUUUGGCUCAAUUCCUAUUCGGUGUAAUUCACAAUCGCCAAACUCAGUAAGUGAACUUUCAUCUCCUCUUCUUGGAACUGGCAAUCAAUUUAGGAAGACUUAUCGAUCUCCAGUUAACAUAUGUUAUCAUCAACUUCAUAAUGGUACAAAUAUCAAUAGUACCACAGAUAACAUUUAUAAUAAACGAAUUAAUCAGGAAGAUUCAGCUGAUCAAAUAAUCUGUAAAUCUAACACUAAUCAAACUAAGUUUAAUAACGAUUCCAAUUUUAAAAGUGAUGUUACCAAUACUUUAAACUGCUGCAACCCACCAACUGAAAUGAAUUUGUUACAAGUAAAUGAUAAAUUUAAUACAUUUGAAUCGGAUUCAUUUGGACGAUAUAACUCAAUCCACAAGCCAAAAAGUAGAUUGGUUUCAUUGAUGAACAAUUCAUACCCAUUAAACCAGAGAGAAUUUCAAUCUUGCAAAAUAAACACUCAUCAAAGUAACCAUAAUAGUAAAAUUAACAAUUGCCUUAAUAUAUUCAAUUCUGAUAAUAACUAUAAUCAUAAUUCACAUUUUAUCAGUUCUGAAAAUAAUAAUAAUAAUAAUAAUAAUAAUAAUAAUAAUGUAAAGAGUUGUGAUGUGAACAACUUUGAUUUAAACAGAAUUCCAAAGGCUAUGCAUCAUUCAGAAUCUAAUAAAUUUUCAUCACCAUUAUUUGAACACAAACCAAAUCCAUGUGUAACUGAACAAAAUCAUUCCGAUAGAAUCGAUGGAAAUGUAUUAAUGAAUACAGUUUCUGAUACUCAUGUAUCAUUCAUGCCUAGUCAAUACCAGGUGGAAUCAAUUGAAGAGAAGAUGACAACAUUCAAUCAAAAUUAUGGCCUAACAGAUAGGCUAAGUCCAUAUGACAAUACAAUUUUCGACAGUUCAACCAUCAAAUAUAAUCCGAUUCCAAUUAAUCAAAUGAAUAUUGACUGUGGUGAAGUGUACAUAAAUGAAAGCUCAUUAGAAGAAAAUCAUUUCCCAAUAGCUAAUAAUAAUAAUAAUAACAAAAACAAUACUUUACAUUGUACGAUAAAUUCAAAAUUAGAAGAUGAAUAA